ACCGGCAGUAUAUUAUAACGGUUCCAGUUAUGGUCACACCAGGUCUGAUCUUGGAUUUAUUGUACUGUGAAAAUUCCGGCGCAUAAAAGCAGAUCUUUGUAUAUGCAAAACCCCAGAAGAGAAGGGAAUUUCAAGUCAGCCACCUGUUGAACACAAUUUAACCACAACAUAAUGGACAAGUUGCGCCGCGUUCUGAGUGGAGAUGAGCCCACUCCGGAGGAGGAAAGCAGUAUCAUUACACAGAUUAACGACAUGUCCACUUUGAGUUGGUCCACUCGGAUCAAGGGAUUUAUCAUCUGCUUCGCCUUGGGCAUUUUACUUUCCCUACUCGGCUCGGUCGCCCUAUUUUUGCACAGAGGAAUUGUGGUCUUUGCGGUCUUUUACACCCUAGGAAAUGUUAUCUCGAUGGCCAGUACUUGCUUCCUCAUGGGUCCCUUCAAGCAGAUCAAGAAAAUGUUUGCGGAAACCCGUUUGAUCGCCACCAUCGUUGUACUCGUCAUGAUGGUUCUGACGUUCAUAGCAGCUAUUGUGUGGAAAAAGGCUGGACUUACGCUUAUUUUCAUUAUCAUACAAUCUCUGGCCAUGACCUGGUAUUCGCUGUCAUACAUCCCCUAUGCCCGCGAUGCGGUCAAAAAGAGCCUAUCGGCAAUCCUGGAGGUCUAGAAUCAGAUGCGCUUCUGUACAUAACUCGAGAAAAGCCAGAUUGGUGUGUAGCUUAAGCUAAGACAAUUAAAUCGUUUAUAUUAAUCUAGCACUAGAUCAUAGAAAGUCCUUUAUAUUCUCUUAUUAACAAUUAAUUCCACUUUUGUCUUUUCAAUAAAUAUAUAUAUAUA